AUGCCUAAGACCCUGGUGGGAUUGGAAAUUGGCGGUCUGUCUGUUGUCUGUCUGUCACUCUUGUCAUCCACCAUGAAUCAUGAUACCAUGAUCCACGCGUUAGUACUCUGUAGUAGUACAGACUACUCCGUAUGGAGUAGUUUUUUUUUUCCUUGCGGCCCCGCUGUUACCGAAACUUUCCAUUCUGGUGAGUGGUGUCCACUGGAUAAGGUGUUAGUCAGUUAG